AUGACCAUUAGAGCUCGUGAAGAUGAGGUAUCGGAUAUUGAAACUUCAGCGGACCUAGAUCGAGGAAUAGAACAACUGGGUUGUAAAGAAAACAUGAAUAAUAAGAUUACAAAUGGCGAAGAGGGACUGCCGGUUGGCACGGUACGAUAUACAUUAGCACCAAGGACUCGUCAAGUUAUACAGAUUAAUUUGCUGAAGAAAAUAUCCGAAUGUGUUUCUACUUCCUGGAAACCUUUACCGUGUACUAAUUUAAUAGAACAUGAAAUACACUUAGAGAAUAGAAUACCGGUUAAUACCAAACAGUAUAGGCAUCCCCCUAUAUACCGAAAAUUUAUAUCGGACCAAAUUAAAAAACGAUUAAGGGAAGGAAUAAUCGAAGAAUCAAAUUCACCUUAUAACUCGCCGCUCUGGAUUGUUCCUAAAAGCCCGGCGAGUGAUGGUACACCAAGGUGGAGGUUGGUCAUUGACUUUAGAGAACUAAAUAAAAAAACCAUUGGUGAUGCCUACCCUUUACCUAACAUCGCUGAUAUUCUAGAUCAGUUGGGAGGUUCGAUAAUGCCAGAAGGACUAAUGAAUGCGCCAGCGACCUUCCAACGAAUGAUUAAUGCGUUGUUGCGAGGACUAUUGAAUGUAGAAAUGUUAGUGUACUUAGAUGAAGUCAUAGUUUACGCUAAGAACCUACAUGAAUAUGAAGUAAAAGUAGGGAAAUUAUUUGGAAAACUUAGCAACGCAGGACUAGUUUUACAACCGAAUAAGGUAAAUUUCCUAUGCCGGGAAGUAAAGUUCCUGGGAUACAUUGUUAGUGCUCGAGGAGUUGAGCCAGACCCUAAAUUAGUCGAGGCCGUAAAGAAAUUUCCAAAGCCCAAUGGAGUAAAAAGCAUUAGGUCUUUUCUUGGACUCUCCGAAUAUUACCGACGGUUCAUCCAAGACUACUCGAAGAUAGCCAAGCCCCUCAGUGAUUUAACGAAAAAGGACCAAGCCUAUAACUGGGGACCAGAGCAGAAAGAGGCUUUCGAAAAGCUGAAGCAGAUGCUUUGUGACCAAGGCGAUUGGUUUCAGUUAGCAGAGCAGGAUAGUAGAGAAGUAGACGUUUACGCCGAAUACGCGGGUUUGAGUAAAUACGAGAAGGCUCAGAAAGAGACAAUCAUGGCGCUUGUUCGCCGGAUUGUCCCGGAACCUGGUGAAUCACCAGCGGUCACCAAGGUUAUCGAGCACAUUAUCGACGAAAGACUGCGGAAAUACGGCAUUGAGCACUUGCCUUGCCCCGCUUAUCACCAGCAGAGUGAUCCGGUUGAACGCGUUCACAGGACGUUGAAGACAAUGAUUGCGAUGUUUAUAGAUGCCGACCAUAGAAGCUGGGAUAAGCAUUUGCAUGAAUUCCGUCAUGCUAUAAAUACUGCGACCCAGGCGUCUACAAAAGUAUCGCCGGCAUUUUUAAAUUAUGGUAGGAAUCCGCAUCCGGUAAAGAGUUUAAGGCGUGAAACUGAAGUUAAAGGGCCGAUAGUUAAGUUGGAUACAAAGGCAUGGGAAGAUAGGCUAUUACGUUUGAAUGCGUUGCGCGAUUUAGUAGCCAAGCAUAUUGACGAAGCACAGGAAAAGCAAAAGAAAUACUACGAUAAAGCGGCGGGCAAAAACGCGAAAUUUGAUCCGAAAUAUGACGGUCCGUUUAAAAUCGUUCUGGUAAUCUCGCCCGAGAUUUAUGAAUUGGCCACGAAUAGCAAACAUUGCACCACUAGAGUACAUGAUUCGGAGAUUAAGCGUUACAUACCGCCACGGAAAGUUCCAGAGGUUGUACGACGCCAGGUGAUGAUGGCUGAGCAGGCCAGAGAGUCGGGCCGCGUGACCGAGAUUGCUUUGGCCGAACUUCUUUCAGGCGUCGCGACUGACUCCGGUACCGCGCAGGUUAUCAGGAAAUCGGUGGCUGAUGAUGAGGGUGGCCAGGCAAAGGGCCAACCUUUACCGCCACCCUUACCUGCCCCGCCGAUACCAUUCGUUUAG